AACACAAACUGCUUUACAGCAGCACUAAACAUGGUGUCCCAAUUUAGCGGUGUUUUGCAAUUGACAGAUCUAGAUGAUUUUAUCACUCCUUCCCAGGAAUGUGUGAAACCAGUCAAGGUGGAGAAGAAGCAAGGCCGAUCUGUGGCUAAAAUUCAAAUAGAAGAUGAUGGGAGCUAUUUCCAGGUUAAACAGGAUGGUGGAAAGCAGAAGCUGGAGAAAGCUAAGAUCACUCUGAAUGACUGCCUGGCCUGCAGUGGCUGCAUCACCUCAGCUGAGAGUGUCCUUAUCACACAGCAGAGUCAUGAAGAGAUUUACAGGGUGCUACGCAGCAACAAGCAGGCAGGUGUAGCAGAGCAGAAGGUGGUGGUGGUGUCUGUGUCCCCACAGUCCAGAGCCUCCCUGGCAGCACGCUACGGCCUGAGCAGCAGUGAUGCAGGCAGGAGGCUCACCGCCUUCUUCAAGGGUCUGGGAGUUCACCACGUGUUUGACACCAGCUUCAGCAGGACCUUCAGCCUGUUGGAGAGUCAGAGAGAGUUUGUGGAGCGGUUCCAUCGGAAGGAGCAAGACAAGCAGGCCCUGCCCAUGCUGGCCUCUGCCUGCCCAGGUUGGAUCUGCUAUGCAGAGAAAACCCAUGGAGAGUUCAUCCUGCCCUACAUCAGCUCCACCCGCUCCCCACAGCAGAUGAUGGGCUCUCUGGUGAAGGGCUUCUUCGCUGGCCAGCAGGGCCUGAACCCACAGCAGAUCUACCAUGUGACUGUGAUGCCCUGCUAUGAUAAAAAACUGGAGGCCUCCAGGCCUGACUUCUACCUGGAGGAGGCUGACACCAGAGAGGUGGACUGUGUCAUCACUUCAGGAGAGGUUCUGAAGAUGCUAGAAGAAGAGAAAGUGUUGCUCAGUGAUGUGGAGCCAGCCCCAUUAGAUACAAUGUUCAGCAGUGUGUGUGGUGAUGAGUUGCUGGGCCAUGCAGGGAGCGGUUCAGGAGGAUACCUCCAUCACGUGUUCACACACGCUGCCAGACAGCUGUUUGGAGAGGAGGUGAAGGAGCUCACCUACAAGACACUCAAGAACAAGGACUUCCAGGAGGUGACCCUGGAAAGGGACGGUGUGGUCGUGCUGCGUUUCGCCACAACCUACGGUUUCCGCAACAUCCAGAACCUGGUGCAGAAACUCAAGAGGGGAAAGUCACCCUACCACUUCGUAGAGGUCAUGGCCUGUCCGUCAGGUUGUCUGAAUGGGGGAGGCCAGGUGAAGCCCUUACCAGAGCAGAACAACAAGGAGUUGCUGCAGCAGGUGGAGGAUCUGUACAAGGAGGAGCGCCCUCUAGUGCCAGAGGAGGACCAGCACGUGGCAGAGCUUUACCAGUCCUGGCUACAGAGUGUAGGAGAGGAGAGAGCCAGGGAGCUGCUGCACACACAGUACCAUGCAGUGGACAAGGCCACCAACGGACUCCUUGUCAAAUGGUGAAGAAGAGGGUGAAAGGAUGUUGAAGGGUUUCUGUAAGUGAAUGGUCUGUCCUCAAGUGUCAGGGUGCAUCUCAAGUGUCUAAAGUAGCCCUCUCUGUUUCAUCUCCAUUGAGUUUAACACAGGUUAGGUGGAAGCAACAUGGCCGGUUCUUGUUGGGUAUUUUCUGUCACCUGUCUUAGUUCUUUAAUAUCAGUAGAAAUAAAGAAAAAGGCAUGAUGCACAUACAUUUUGUCUAUUGAGAUGCAUCCCUAUUCUAGGAUUAUUUGAACCAUUUGAGUGAAAUCACACAACUUGACCUUGGGUUAAUGUUUAUGCUCCAUCUGUACUGGAUGACUGAAUUUAGCACUUUCCUUCACCGUCUCUUUGUCUCUCUCCUCUACCGUCUCUUUGUCUUUGCGGCUCUCUUUUCAAGUUUUCUACUCCGCUAGCCAGCACCUAGCCAGCACCUUGCCUAAAUAGGUGUGCGUUAAUUUUUCUUCUAGAUCUGUCAUUUAUUUAUACCAAUAUAAAGCCUGUAUACAUUCAGGCUAUAGAUUGUAUACGCACAAGCUAAUUCAUACCAGACCACUGGUAUGGUUGGGAUAAUUAUUACUACAUUUAAGUGUGCACUAAUUAUGAAUACAGCAGCAAAUUCUGUUAUUUCUCUUGUAUGCACUGAAAAGGAUUUGGACUCUUGAAAUGUUUUCUGAUGGAAUUCUAAAGAAAUAUUUUAGUUUAAAUGAAUAUCAUUUCUGCCUUAUUUAUAAUAAAUCUAUGAUACAUAUUUUGCAUAUUAAAAUGUUAGUGUAACUUUCAAGUACGUUAUUCACCAUGCACCAGCAGUCAUUGAUAUACAUACUGACACGAUACUGAGGAACCGUUUUAGCUGUAGAAAUAAGCAUACACUUUCAAUAUUUACAUUCAUGUUUUCAGUGUUUUCUUCCUUUGUAUGGCAUGGUGAGAACAAGAGGCACAUACCUUCAUACGGUAUGCUGUCAGUUAAGCAGCUAGGUUCAACCAUUUAAUAUGGACUAAGUAAUAUUAGCAAUGUCAAAAUAUAUUGCUUAUAUAUUAAACUAAAUGUUUAGCAGCUAUUUUGUUAUAGAUAUGUGGUGAAAUGUUAAUACAGAAUGUCAAGCAAACAUCACCGUUUUACCCUAAGAAUUCUGCAAGCGGGUAAUAGUCAUUAGGGAUAUGAAUCUCUCACAAAUAUGAAAUUAAUUGUUAGGUCAACAAUAGAAACAAUCUGCUUUAUUGCUUUUUCUGUGAAGGAGACAAUGGAGCUUUUAGUAAAACCUAUGUAUCACGAACUUCCCAUUGGCACUCAAAGCCUGAUAUGUGUGUAUGUAUAUAUAUAUAUAUAUAUAUAUAUGGAGCUUUUGAUUAACAAAGAGCAUAAGUUGUCUUAUUUUCUAUAGUAUGAGAGAUGUUUGGAAGCGCUUCAGUCUUGAUUUUCUAAAUGUCCAGCAAUCACACUAAAG